AUGGCCAGCAUCGACCGCUACCGGCCUCCUCGCGAGGGCUAUCAACCCCCGAGCCUGCCUGGAAACAGUGUGCCAGGCAACAGCCAUGCCGAGGCACCGUCGCGCUCUCCUCAACAGCGAGAUGUGCCCCCAGCAGCUCCGACCCCGCCUCAGCAUAGUGCGCGCACGUCUCCUCCGAGGCCGCAGGCCGAGAACUCGCCUGCUCGACAGUCGCCAGUCGCUCAGCCUCGCCGCAACGGGCAGGCGGCAGUGGCGAACCAGUGGUUCUUCAGCCCCGACGAGGCUCAGAGCACGCCCAGCGUCAUUGAUGGAAUCUCGCCGUCGGAGGAAAGGCUUCGGCGGGCCAAAGGCGUCAAUUUCAUAUACCAAGCCGGCGUGAUGCUGGAUCUGCCCCAAAUCACGCUGUGGGUCGCCGGUGUCUUCUUCCACAGGUUCUUCAUGCGGUUCAGCAUGAUACAAGAGAAAGGUGGCAUUCAUCAUUACAAUAUCGCUGCGACGGCGCUGUUUCUUGCCAACAAGGUCGAAGAAAAUUGCCGGAAAACAAAGGACAUCAUCAUUGCUGUUGCCAAGGUGGCGCAGAAGAACGCAAAGCUCAUCAUUGACGAGCAAAGCAAGGAAUACUGGCGGUGGCGAGAUAGCAUCCUGACCUACGAGGAAGUGAUGCUGGAGCAGCUGACUUUUGACCUCAUGAUUGACAACCCGUAUCGAAACCUCUUCGAGCUGCUCGGUCGGCUCGACAUUGUCCACAACAAACAUCUCAGGCAGGCCGCCUGGACCUUUUGCAAUGACGCUUGCUUGACAGCGAUCCCUCUUGUCAUUGAAGCGCGAGAUGUUGCCAUUGGCGCCAUCUUCUUCGCCAGCGUCCACACGAAUCAGCAGAUUGACGACGUCGACGGCGAGCCGUGGUGGAAAUUCCUGAACGGUGACGAAGGACUCUGCACAAAGGCGAUUGAGAUGAUGCAUCAGUUCUACGUUGAGAAUCCGCUUAGAAAGCAGAAUCCGUCGCUGCCGUCGCCUGCUUUUGAUCUGGAGAACACACGGCGACGCGGAGACACUCUCACAAGCCAACCCGACACGCUCUCUUCCAACGGCACACCCAUGGAAGUCGACCGGGCCAGCCGGAGUCGAAGCCCAGCGCCCAGAGCCAACGGCACCGACCACGGCGACGCAAGUACCCUGAGGUCGCCCACUAAGAGAAAAGACCCGGAUUCUGAACCUGCGACCGAUCGUGAGAGGGCGGAAAAGCGAGCCAAGGUGUCUGAACAGGAAGGCGAGUUAGUGGAGGAUGAAGCCAGUGGAUAA